GACACCGAUAACGCCCCCUCCAACAGAUAGCAUCGCGCCGUAUUUUCAACUUUAACAAAACACAGCAGAUUUGCCUACAUUUUGACAUCAUGGUGGAAGUCGAUCUUCAAGCUAUUCAAGAUGAGCUCGUUGCCAUUGCCUACGAGGCAGGCAAGAUGAUUCUAGCAGCAAACCCUGUCGACAUUGCCAUGGGCAGCAAGAUCAACGCGGUCGAUAUCGUCACAGAGGCCGACCAGGCUGUUGAAAAGAUGGUUUCUACGAGGCUGUCUUCCAAGUUUCCAGAGGUCUCCUUUAUGGGUGAAGAAACCUAUAAACCUGGAAUGAAGCUUGGACCUGAGCCAACAUUUGUGGUUGACCCCAUUGAUGGCACUACCAACUUUGUCCACUCAUUCCCCAACGCUUGCAUCUCCCUCGGCCUUGCUGUUGAGCGUCGAUCAACAGUAGGCGUCAUCUACAACCCUUGGCAAGAUCUGCUCUUUACCGCCAUUAAAGGACGUGGUGCUUUCAUGCAGCGCGGCAAGUCAUCUACACCACAGAGAUUGCCUCUCGCCAAGACCCCCGGUCCUCUCAAUGGCCUAGGAGAGGCCUUGGUCGCUAUCGAAUGGGGCGCACACCGCGACGGCCCCAACUACGAUCUAAAGGUCGAUGUUUUCCGCAAGCUGGCUGCAAGCAAAGAAACUGGAGGCUCAAUGGUGCACUCUCUUAGAUCCUUGGGAUCUGCCGCUCUCAACAUUGCUUGCGUGGCAGCCGGCGAAAUGGAUGUCUACUGGGAGGGCGGUUGCUGGGCGUGGGAUGUCUGCGCUGGCUGGUGCAUCCUGGAAGAAGCUGGAGGUAUCAUGGCAAGCGGCAACCCCGGCAACUUUGAUCCCGAGAUGGACAGCCGGGUCUAUCUGGCCGUCCGUGGCGCGCCUAGUGGACAAAAGGAAAUCGUUGAGGAAUUCUGGAAAGUCAUGGGCGACAAGGCCUUGGACUACAGUUCAUAAAACGGUUAUGCGGAUAAAAGCAAUAGACACAAGCUUUAAGCAGGGCAUUAAAAGUAAGGAUUGUUUUGUUGAGAAUGCUUCUGAUGGAGGCAUGAAUACAAAAGAUAGAUGGCUUCUAUUAGCUAAAUGCAAUGAUAUAAACAACAAUUCUAGAAAUUAUGCUUUUGUUGACGGAGCCUCUCGCCGUACUUCCACAAGAGGAAUGGUGCAGGCCAGCCAAUAACGAUGGCAAAUGCAGCCAAAAUGGUACCGCCUUUACCAUAGCCGAGUGCCUUGUACAUUGCUGGUGCAAAGAGCGGGAAUCCGAAACCAGCCAAGCUUCUGAGGACAGUGGCAGCACCGACCGCACUCGCAGCAUAGACCGUGUAGGAGUCGACCAGGUAUCCUUGGAUGCACUGAAAGCCGAUGAUGGUGCCAGCAGAAAAGAUGCAGAUGCCAAUAUCAGGCCAAAUCCAGUGUGUGUGGUACUCGGCAGUCCACGAAUAGAUGAGUAGGCCAAUCGGAACUAAGAUGGCUCCUGGAACCAUCAUAGGGAUUCGAAAUUCUGGCUUUCCGGGACCUCCUUCAGGAACGUAGCGUUUCUUCAAGGCGGCGUAAAUGCGAUCUUGUAACGGAGCACAGAUUUGAGCACCGAGGAAGCAGCCUAAGCCAAUGGAAAUGUAGUUCAGGCCCUGAAUACCAGGUCCUUCACCAUAUACCCUGCUGAAUAGUGUCGAAAAGGUGGAGAGCAGCAAGUACAUCAUGCCGUACAGAUACAUCAUGUACAGUGCCAUGAUUUGGACAAUAAACUGCGUGGCCAGCAGCUUGAAUGGUCGGGUGAAGGCUUUAGUGAGUGUCUGAAUAAGAGUUCGGUCCGGACGAUCGUAUUCCGUUCGAAGAUUAGUGUUGCCUGUCUCUUUGAUGAGAGCCAGCUUCUUUCGGUGCAGUAGCACUGGUGCAUAAGAUUCCGACAGAAAGAAGAUGCCAAAUACUUGGAUCACGCCACAUGCAAUCGUGGUGGCAUAGAAUACCCAUCGCCAGGUGGACUUCUCAGCGACCCAACCUCCUGCAACAGGUCCGAGAGCCGGACCCAAGAGAGGCGUAAGAGAGUAGACACUAAUGGCCUUUCCACGCUGCUCGGCUGUAAACAUGUCGGAGAGGACACCGCCACCAACAGCCAGAGGUGCAGAGCCACCAAGGCCAGCUAGGAAGCGGAAAGCAAUCAUUUGGCCUUCGGUUUUGGCGAGUCCACAGCCAAGAUUGAAGCAGAGGAACCAAAAGUUGGACACUUGUAUGACGAGCACACGACCAUAGAGUUCUGACAUUGGGCCCCAGACCAAGGGGCCAACGGCAUAAGCGCAGACGAAAAUGGACAAAACUAGAGCUAGCUCUGUUUCGCCAUGGAUAUUGAGAUCACGGCCCAUAUCGGCAAGAGCCGGGGCAACCAUGGAGGAGGCCAACGGCGAGAUAAAUGUGAAGAAUGAGACACAAACCACCGCCGUCCACCGGACUCGCAUUGGCCAGUUCUUGGGGUUGGCGGGAUCCUCAGGACCAUCCCAUGUUACAAUAUUGGGGUCUCUAGAGGCGGGAUCUGCCGUCUCUUUUUCAUCAUGCGAGUCGUGGCCGAGCUCCAAGUCUCGCUGAUUUUGGAUGCCAUCUCGAACCUCGGAGACGGUCCUCGUCAGUCGGCGCGAGGCAUUGGAAGCUUGCCGCGAGACAGACGGGCGCGACGGCGUAGCCUUUUCUUGACUCGAUUCUGAAAGUGGUGUAUGAGGGCGUUCGUGCUCCUCAGGAUUGAACUCUGUAUGUGAAUUGCCAGGAGCAUCUUCCCGCUUAGACGCUUCUGCGGCGUCUGUCGCUGCUCGUGUGACUGGUGGCGCCAUGGUGAAGAGACACAGGCAGAGCACCUAACGGGGAAUCUGCAGGUGUAUUGUAGCUUGUCUUGGAUAGCCGGGUAACAGAAAGCCCUAACAAAUCAUAUCAUGGGUUUAAAUUUGUCUUGAACGGUCUUUUGUUUCACCUGCCAAGAGCGUUGCGGGGGGUGGCGGCCGAUGUGGUGUUUACACAGCUUCUUGGAGGCUGAACAGGUGCAAGUUGGUGGUUGAGAUAGUGGUAGUUAGCGACAGAGAAGGAAAUCGUCAGUCUUA